UCAUUCGUAUCACCAUUUCAUCAUUUCUGCAUUUCAUCUAUUUCACUGCUCUUCCUUGUUUUUUAUCCCUUCUGAUGCUGCUCCCCAUCCUGAUUUAUGCAUUUCUUGUUUGUUUACACUUUUGAUUGAUCCCCGAUUCCACUUCGCCUUCUUUCUUUUUCCGCUUCGUGAACUAUGCAUUUGGGUUUUUUAUUUGUCUGCUUAUAUUCUCGUUCAUUAAUUUAAUAUAUCUGUUUCACCACCUUUCUUAUGGACGCGGCCAUCCAUCGAUUUUUUUAGGUUUUUUGUCACCUGGGUUUUUAGAUUAUAUUACAUAAUUAUCGAUUGAUCCAAGAUCUUAAGUUGAUGAAUUACGUUAUACGACGACACUCAACAAGUGGAAAAUAAGGAUUGAUUCAUAUUCUUUGGAGGUCAUUGAAAUCGUUAACAAAGUUUGUGUGCUUAUCUGAGACGUGGAAUGUUGGUGAGGAUAUUAUUUCCCUUGCUUGUUAGGUUAAUGUCACAAGGAUUUUUUUUGUAAUAGGACUUGCAAUAAGGUUGCUCAUGCCUUUUUUUGAUCGAAGGACUGACUGUUCCACCAUGACUUAUUUUGUAGUUCCUCUUCCGGGACUUGAAGAUUUUUUUUUUUUGAGGUGACUGGUUUAGGCAUAGAGUUUCCACUGCUUUAUCUAAGGACCUUCUUUGUAUUUAAUUUAUUAUUUGUUUAAUGUAUUUGAAAAGAGCAAGUGGAAAAUAAUAUUGAUUGAAGAGAGAAAUGAAUUUGAACACAAAGAUUGACCUAAAAGUUUAAGCUGAUGGAUUAUAGUAAAUUUAACUGUACCAAUAGUUUAAUGGAUUAUAUCUUUGAAUAUUGCUAAGAAUUUUGAUGUUUUUCAGGUUUUCGCUGGUAAACGACGAGUGUUAGUUUGAUAUUUGUUGUAGUGUAUAAGACAAGGCAUUGAUGGCGAUGGGACUUUUUCUGGAUACAUGAGAAACAUGGCCACAACGCCUUUAUCAAAAAUUGACCGUUCAUGGCAGCUUGCACACUAGACACUCAGUAUGCCAGGAUCACGUCAAAGGCCAUGUUUAAAGCCAUCUGUAGACAUUGUUAUAUUGGUUUCGUUGGUCAGCAUAUUUGCAUUUGGUGCCUAUGUUUAUCCACAUAGAACCUCUCUGCUUUGUUAUAUCUUUUCCAGUGGCUGUGUCAAUGGUGCAUUUGAACGGCCACUGCCAGUUGCUUAUCGAGAAUUAACUGAUGAAGAGACUGCAACUCGGGUUAUAAUGAAGGAAAUUUUGAAGAAACCUCUAGCUCAAUCUAAGAAUCCGAAAAUUGCCUUUAUGUUUUUGACUCCAGGUUCACUACCUUUUGAGAAGCUAUGGCAUAAAUUUCUUGAUGGCCACGAUGACAGAUUUUCUAUAUACGUGCAUGCAUCUAGAGAGAAAGUGGAGCGUGCGAGCCCCCAUUUUAUUGGUCGUGACAUUCGCAGUGAAAAGGUAGCCUGGGGAGAAAUUUCUAUGGUUGAUGCAGAGAAGAGACUUUUGGCAAAUGCACUUUUAGACCCCAAUAAUCAGCACUUUGUUUUAUUAUCUGAGAGUUGCAUACCUCUUCACGACUUUGAGUAUAUUUACAACUAUUUGAUAUUUACCAACGUCAGCUAUAUCGAUUGUUUUGAAGACCCUGGUCCUCAUGGAACUGGUAGGUACUCAGAGCACAUGUUACCUGAAAUUGAAAAGAAAGAUUUCCGUAAAGGUUCUCAGCGAACUAAGGAAGGCCCCAACUGCUAUGCCGAUGAGCACUAUUUUCCAACCCUUUUUCAUAUGAUUGACCCUGGUGGAAUUGCAAAUUGGUCAGUAACGCAUGUUGAUUGGUCUGAGGGAAAGUGGCAUCCAAAAACAUAUAGGACUCAAGAUGUCACCUAUGAGCUUCUGAGGAAUAUCACCUCAAUAGACGAGAUUAUUCACAUUACAACUACUGUCCCGAAGAGGAUGACUUUGAGGCCCUGCAUAUGGAACGGAGUGAAGAGACCAUGCCAUCUGUUUGCGAGGAAAUUUUAUCCAGAAACUCUGGGAAGAUUGUUGCACAUUUUCUCUAACUACAACACAGCUCUUUAGGCCAUUCUUGUCGUCCCGAAUCGAGAGAUCGUUCAAGAGGUUAGAACAACGUGGCUGAUAAUUUUACACCGUUGAUAAUAUAUGAUAUAGAAAUUAGAAGUUGUGUUUUUCACUAUUCAUCCUUUGGUUAAAGCUUCUUCUUCCUAGAGCUUUAGCUGACCCAUUUUUGUGUAGAGUCGAAGCCUACAAUCCUGUGGCUGCCACGGUUGGCAGCUUUUAAUUGCUUUUGGCCCAUCUUAUCAGCUUCUCAUUGCUUCUUUCUUAGAAAAGAAACGUAAUUUUGAGUAUUCUUGAGAUGAAAUAAUUGAACAUUUAUGACCAUUGUCAUAUUACAUGUUUACAAGGACUGAAUUUUAAUAGGCUCAGUCAACAUGCUCGCAAAGUUUUGUAAUGUGAUUCUGAAGUUAAAAUGA